AGUCGUCUAUCCGGUCAUCUAUAGUAUAACAAGGGGACUCCAGCAAAAGGUUCCAAAGAAGAGAAAGGAAAAAUAAGAAGAAAAAAAAGAAAGGAUAAUUAAAAUAUGGCUACAUCUCUGGACAUCAUUGACCACUCCCCUCACCAUCCUGAUCCGUCACCUCCCAUCCCUACGGCCUCGAAUUUGAUCCUUAUAGACAACUACGACUCCUUUACCUGGAAUGUAUAUCAAUAUCUUGUCCUCGAAGGCGCCACCGUUACCGUGUAUCGGAACGACCAGAUCACUCUCGAAGAAUUGAUAGCCAAGAAACCCACCCAGCUCGUCGUCAGCCCUGGCCCUGGACACCCCAUAAGCGACUCUGGCGUAAGCCGAGAUGUCAUCAGACACUUCGCCGGGAAGAUCCCCAUAUUCGGCGUCUGCAUGGGCCAACAGUGUAUUUUCGACGUGUACGGAGGUGACGUGAGGUUCGCCGGGGAGAUUCUUCAUGGCAAGACCUCACCAUUGGCCCAUGACUCCAAGGGUGUCUACGCAGGUAUGGCUCAGGGUCUUCCCGUCACUAGGUAUCACUCUCUCGCGGGCACCCACGUCACUCUUCCAGAAUGCCUCGAAGUAACCUCUUGGAUACCUAAAGAUGACGGCUCAAAAGGUGUCAUAAUGGGCGUGCGGCACAAGGAAUACACCGUCGAGGGUGUCCAGUUCCACCCCGAGAGUAUCCUGUCAGCCGAUGGGAGGGUUAUGAUCAAAAACUUUCUACAUAUGCAAGGGGGUACCUGGGCCGACAGCGAACGCCUGGGUAAGGAGUCACAGGCCGAGGGCAUCGCGAAGAGCAGUAUCGAAAAGUCGUCUCUGCCGUCAAAUCCAAAGAAAAACAAUAUCCUACAACAAAUAUACGCCCGACGAAGAGAAGCAGUGACUGCCCAAAAAGAGAUUCCUUCGCUACGUCCACGAGAUCUUGAGGCUGCCUACGGAUUAAAUACCGCACCUCCUCAAAUUCCCUUUGUCGACCGAAUACGCCAGAGCCCGUUCGACGUCUCGCUCAUGGCCGAGAUCAAACGAGGUUCGCCUUCGAAAGGCAUUUUCGCCCUCGAUAUUGACGCACCGUCGCAGGCAAAGAAAUACGCUCUCGCCGGAGCCAGUGUCAUAUCCGUUCUCACGGAGCCGGACUGGUUCAAAGGCAGCAUUGAGGAUCUUCGCGCCGUAAGGCAAGUACUAAACGCCAUGCCCAACCGGCCUGCGGUGCUUCGGAAAGAGUUCAUAUUCGAAGAGUAUCAGAUCCUAGAAGCGCGACUCGCGGGCGCGGAUACGGUGCUUCUCAUUGUAAAAAUGUUGGACGUAGAACUGCUCACGCGCUUAUACAAGUACUCGCUAUCUCUCGGCAUGGAACCCCUCGUCGAAGUCCAGAAUGCGGAAGAGAUGGCGACUGCGGUUAAGCUUGGCUCCAAGGUUAUCGGGGUUAACAACCGCAACCUUGAGUCCUUUGAGGUCGACCUCAGCACCACCAGCAGGUUACGUAGCUUAGUUCCCAAAGAAACCAUCAUAUGCGCGCUUAGCGGCAUCAACACCCACGACGACGUCCUUGCUAACCAUAAGGAUGGCGUUAACGCCAUUCUGGUGGGCGAGGCUAUUAUGCGUGCACCUGACGCCUCGCAAUUCAUCCAACAACUCUGCGCGGGCCGAAACUCUACCCAACAAAAUCCCCGGCCCAACCCUCUGUUCGUUAAGAUCUGUGGUACUCGCACCCCCGAAGCCGCUCUCGCAGCUGCAGAGGCGGGCGCAGACCUAAUCGGUAUGAUUCUCGUGCCGGGCCGCAAGCGCACCGUCAGCGACGAUGCCGCGAAAGCCAUCUCCGAAGCUAUCCACAACUUCUCCCGACGUACUCCCGGCUCUUCCUCCAUAGCAAUCCCUAAGGAUGCCGCCAGCGACUUCUUCGCCUCGGCGGCCUCUAAGCUGACAUCCCAUAACCGCUCCCGUCCCCUCCUCGUCGGCGUGUUCCAGAACCAGCCGCUUGACGAAAUCCUCGAAUUGCAGAAGCGGUACGGACUCGAUGCCGUGCAGCUGCACGGACGAGAACCGGUCGAAUGGGCACGCGCCAUUCCCGUGCCUGUAUUGCGGCGCUUUGCUCCGGGCGAACCGGGGAUCGGCGUCCGGGGCUACCACGCCAUACCCCUGUUUGAUUCCGGGUCCGGGUCGGGCCAGCUCCUGGACGCGGUCGACGUAAAGUCGGCGCUGGAGAGAGACAGGGAACUGCGAAUUAUACUAGCAGGAGGCCUGGCUCCGGAGAAUGUUACCGGCGUAAUCAAGGCCGCGGGUGAAGACGCUGCCAGGAUUCUAGGCGUUGACGUGAGCAGCGGCGUUGAGGGGACCGAUGGCGAACAGAGUCUAGAUCGGAUACGAGAAUUUGUCAAGACGGCAAAAGCUAUUAGAUAAGUUUUUUUUUUUUUUUUUGUUAUACAAAUGCCACGGCGAUGGAAAGCGAGAGGGGCUCGUUAUGAAAUAGAAGCAAUGUCGUUAAUAAACUAAACACUUCGCGCAACCUCGUCACGUCGUGAUUCUUAGCAAUAUGCUAUCCCU